AUGGCAGUCACCCACGAAAAUGUCGAUGCUGCCCGGGAAGAGCUUCCUGGAAACAAAAUGGACACUAACAACUUGGCCACUGUCUUCGCUCCGAACAUUCUUCACUGCAUCAAACCUGGAGGUAAAGAUAUGUCAGAUAGAUCGGAGGAUCGCAUCGACGUCAUAAACGUUGUAAGGACGCUGAUAGAUCACUACAAGCAACUUUUCUUGGUACCUGCGGAGUUGUUGGAUGAAAUCUACGUUCACAUGAUGGACUCGCAUCCGGAAGCUUUGGAUCAGUUGUUGAAUAAAAAGGAUGCCAUAGCUGGAGCAGACGAUAAAAAACAUUAUUUUUUCGUAUAUCAGUGGAUGAACUACUCAGAAUGCAAUUCUGCUCCAUGGACACCAACUCAGCCGAACUCGGAAGUUUCUAUGGAAAAUGCGUUCGAUCCGAAAUAUAUACAGAGUGAGCCGAAAAAGACCUAUUCUAGAGAGGAGUGUCUCCACGAGGCUGCAGCCACAGGUGGUCCUAAUGUUGGUAUGAGGAUUAGGCACAAAGACAAGAUUCGAGAACGCAGCUUACGACGCAAACGCGAAAAUACGAAGACGGUCUACUUCUGUCCAGAGCCAGAGGCGCCAAGGACGAUGACGUCUAUGCCAAACACCGUUCCUCGUCCAUUGAAAGUACCAGUUCCACGCACACCGAUGACGUGGCCUGAGUUCUGAGGAUG